UGAAUAGCUCCAGCCGCCAGGUGGGCAAGCUUUGGACGAUCUCCGAGCGAACGAACGAACUCACAAACAAAACAGUAUUAACGAGACCAACAAACCGAUUGAAGCGGUGGCCGUGCGCGCGUUGACUUCACUCGCCAGAAGAUUGCCGCAGAUAAUUUUGUGUCCGGUGCUAGUGCCUCGGUGACAUGACGAGAAAACUGCUCAAAUUUCACAUUAUCCUUGAUCGGGACUCGUUGCUGUACCUGCCGGGUCAGGUUCUGGCCGGACGGGUGCUACUUGAGACACAGGAAAACACAGCUGUUCUGGGUCUGCACUUUCACGUGCUGGGAGAAUGCACCGUGCACGUAGCCAAGGGCACUCGCCGACCGGAUAAAUCCUACGACAAGGAAAACUACAUCGAUUUCCGUAUGAAGCUGCUGGACGAUUUCGACAACAAACCGAUUCUGCUGUCGCCGGGUGUACACUGCUUUCCUUUUAAGCUUGGGCUUCCGGUGUCGCUUCCGUCUACCUUCAUCGGCCAGCAAGGCUGGAUCCAGUACUACUGCAAGAGCAGCCUGCAGGAAACGUCCGGCAUAACGCACCGGAAUCAGCAGGUGUUCAUCGUGCUGAACCCAAUCGAUCUGAACCUGGAGGAACCUUUGAUGAGUGAACCACUGGAAGCCAGUGUCAGCCAUCGAAUCGGGGUUGGCUAUCUGGGCGGGACGAUCCGAUGCAACGUUGGACUGGACAAGCGAGCCUACGUCCCAGGGGAAAACAUUCUGCUGACCGGUGAGAUCUACAACCGAAGCAAUGUCACUGUCAAAAUUGUAAAGUAUGCAUUGAUGGAGACGAUCCAGUACUAUGCACAUGGUAAACUGUUGCACCAGGAGCGCCGAGAGCUGGCCGCAAUCGUACGUGACCGUAUCAAGUCCGGUAGCAGGGAUGUUCUGCAGCAUGGACACCUCGCCGUCCCGCCACUUCCGCCCACCAAUUUGGUCGGAUGUCAUUUGAUUAGAAUACAGUACAGCGUUUGCAUUCUCAUCGAACCGAAUCUCAUGGAACGGCAGAUGGUCCUGAAAGUUCCCAUCACGCUCGGUACGUACCCGUUCAGACGAGACGACCAGGAUCUGCAGGAAUGGGUGGAAAACUAUGUACGAUAUCCUGCCACGUUGCCCGUGUCACGCGCUUCCGGGCUGCUCACAACUGCUUCGGCUUCUGCUGCCGCUGCUGCUAAUGUCGAAAGCGGAUAGAGAAACUCAAUUUCAGGAUUAAUUAUAUUGCACUGAGUUUAUGAUUGAAUCUCGCAUCCCGAGCGUGCCCAUGCAGAAACGGUCUUUCGCUCGCCGAUGGAAACAAUUAGUAACAAAAAUUAAUACCGACAAGUGGGUGUGAUACUAACCAAAUAACGAGAAUCUGAUACUUGACUGCACCAGUAAAAUGUAGAGCAAA